CACUCCGGCGAGAGAGACCGACGGAGAGGGUCCCUAAUCCUCCCGGACGCCGAAGAGGCGGACUCGAUUAAUAGUCGCGCUCGCGAGAGAAACAACGUCGUCCUCGGUCGUCGCUCGAGAUGACUUCCGCGGUGUUCUGAGCGGAACUCCCGGAACGGUGCUCUUCGAUGGACGAUCGUGCGCACCUGAAGAUCCACGGCAUUGGCUCUCCGCAGGUCUUCGAGUAAGAGGGUUAGUUCGAGCUGUCAAGCGGUCAUGUAAACGUCCCGUCGUGUCUCGGUGCCGUCGUGUGGUCUAUCCAUCGUAUGGUCCAAUCGCUAAUAUACUUCCAGUGAAUCUUUGCGGGAUUUAGAAAUCUUCUUCAGGCCAGAAUGAGACCAAGCGCGAUCGUUUUAUUGCUUCUGCUGUGCGCACAGUUUCUCACUUCGGAAUCGAAGCUUCGGCAACAAGCAGCCGUCGAUGACGAUGAUGAUGAUGACGAUGAAUGGGACGAUGACGAUGAGGAUGAUGACGACGACGGGGGCUAUAAGCCCGAGGUCGAUGACGAUGGCCGAAUCUAUAAAAACCCACGAAACUCACCCUCUGCUGUAUGUCCGAGAGAUGAAGAGCAGGCGGAGCUAAUGGGCCAGAAGUGUUUGCGAAAGUGCUCCACCGAUGAGGACUGCAAGAGUAAGAAAAAGAAAUGCAGAUGCGACGGAGCCUGUGGAAUGUCGUGCAUCAAGCCUGAACGUGAAUGUCCGAUGUUGACCGAGAUUGAUCACGGUGUAAUGACAAUUGCCGGAAGAUUCUUCGGAAAUAGAACUCGUUACGCCUGCGACACCGAUUACUUUAUAGUCGGCCUGUCCGAGAGAAUAUGUCGCGCCGACGGUCAUUGGACCGGGUCUAAUCCGUCCUGCAAGAAAGAUUCCAACUCCUUCUGCUCUCAGCCGCCGAAAAUACAAAACGCGCGCCACAACGCUCCGUUAGAGCAAACGACCUUCGAUCUCGACAGUAGUGUGCAAUAUUUCUGUAUUCAUGGAUAUGUAGCAACGGGAGCGAAAAAAGCGAAAUGUCUACUGAUGGAAGGAGCUGCUAGAUGGUACGGGCCAGAUAUCACUUGCAAGCCUCAAAACUGCGAUUUACCCCCGGACAUUCCAAAUGGAUGGCACUCUGGGGAAUGUUACACGUACGAUUGUCGCGUAUCGUAUCAUUGCAUGGAGGGUUACGAAUUAGUCGGUAAAACGGAGAAACUGUGCCUGGCGGAUGGCACAUGGACUCCGAAGGAGUUACCGCAAUGCGUUCAAGUCACGUCCGUGCAAUGUCCGAAGCCAGAAAAUCCAGUCAACGGCAAGGCUGUCUACACCUCCUACGCGUAUAAUUCCAUUGUAUCGUAUGAAUGCAAGUACGGGUACACUGUAGUAGGCGCAGGAACUAGACGUUGCGGUGCUGACAGAAAGUGGACUGGAAAGACGCCUACUUGCCAGGAAAUCAAUUGUGGUUUACCUGGCGUGUUAUAUAACGGUUGGAUUGAAAACAUUGAAGCCGGCACAGGUAUGGGCGCCAGCAUAAUCUUCCGCUGUAAGGAUCACAUGAAGCUGGAUGGUAAUACUUCCUCUGUCUGUCAGAAAGAUGGCAAAUGGCGUUAUCCUAUACCGCAAUGUUUAGCACCGUGCGUCGUCCCACAGAUCGAAAACGGUUACGUUACCAUAGCCAGCCACAAUAGAGAUCACAUUAAUAACGUUACGGUGGUGGAGCACAACGAGAAACUUCUGGUUACGUGCAUUCCGAAUUACGAAUUCGCCGCUAACAGCACUCCGGUGUUAUGCAAUAACGGUACUUGGUCGAUAGUACCAAGUUGUUCGCCAGCUCGAUGUAAGAAUAUGCCGAAGAGUCCGAAGAAUGGGAUGGUAAUAGCACCAAAGACAGAUCACGGUAUGAAGGCGAUAUUUAAGUGCAAAGACGGCUUCAAGUUGAUUGGCGGUGGUCCUUUGAAUCUCUCCACAUCCGUGGAAUGUCGCUAUGGCAACUGGAUCGGCGAUCUACCCUACUGCGAGCAGGUCUUCUGCCCGUUUCCCGGCCUCAUCGAACAUGGCAAAGUUUUUCUGGUGGGCAACAUGGGAGUUUAUGAUUAUAGACCGUAUGUGAAGAAGAUUGUCAAUAACAAGCAGAUUAUGUACGACUGUGAUAAGGGUUACGUUCUCGAUGACGGGCCAACUGGCGCUACUUGCAUAGGCGGUGCAUGGAGUCCUAAGAACUUGCCCAAGUGUAUUCUUGGACAGCACCCUCGACUUAGAUGGAGCAGACGGCGUAGAUCUGUAGACAACGACAAUGUUACCUUGAAUUACAACGUUACCCUAAAUUACAAAAAAUUCAUCGACUUCUUCCGUAAAGUGGGUAAAAAACUUCUACAUAUGGAAAUGAACAGAAGCCGUGAACAUUCCAAGCAUAAAGCAGAAGCGAAACUAGCAUCUAUUGCUAGCCAACAGAACAACACCAAUGCGUCCGAUCCGUCAACUUGGAAAGCACACGCAGGUCAUGGCAAUAAAUCCCGUUUGCGAGAGGAGAGAAUGAUUGAUUUUCUCAAGAUGGUAUAUAGAAAAUUACAGCGCAUGGAUGCCAAACAACCAAAUAAUUCUAGCAACAAUACUAUGCACGAUCUACUGAAUGCAAUGAGCAAGAACUUCUUCCAUGUAGACCUUGCGGAGUCGCGACGAAACGGUAGCAAAGCCCGCUCGGAUUUUGAGAUACGUAAUCAGAGAGAGUUCAUUAAGCUGAAGAGGGAAUUCGAGCGAAUCAUGAGAUUUUACAACAAGUCUAUACGCUGGAACGAAAAGCAGAAUCGAAAAGAUGCGAAGAGGAAAGGCUUGUCGCACGCUGAGAAGCGAAAAGAUAAGAAAAAGCACAGGAAGAAUUAUUACAAGGGUUUCUACGAGUUCGUCAACAGUUACGUAACCGAGAAGCUGUCGAUGUUGGAGGCGCGCAAUGCGACCGAGGAAUUAAUUAAGAAAAUGAACAUCGACAAGUUCACCGUGAGGAACGGCACGACUUUCACGGUUGGUGAGAUGUACGCAUUUUUCAAACAUAUCAUACAGGAUAGAUUGAACUCAACGGAAGAAAGCGUAACCGUAGAAUCUAGCACGUCACCGGCGUCGAAGGCCGCGUCAUACGGUAAUCAAUCAUCAACAAUCCCGAGUAACGAUGUUGCCGUACUCGAUAACGAGAUUCCAGCUAAAGAUGGAGCGCCCAAGCACCGCAGUAAGCGGAUACGAAACACGUCGGAGGAAGCUGGCGCUUCACGUCAAAAGAGGAAGCUUCUGUCAGUAAAACUGAUCAGCACGGACGAUCAAAAAAAUUCGGGGAAGUCGAAGCCCAUUGACGAUGCCAAAUCAAAACAGUUCACUUUCGACGAGCUGCAGGCGCAACAGCAGAGUCGUUCGAAACGAUUCCUGCCGCCUUCCGAGCUGGAUAAUCAAAUAUUUCUCAAGAACUUGUAUCUCAACGCUUAUGAGGACGAGUAUCGAGCGAAUGUGAAGCGAUCCGUUGACCAGAUAAAUCGCACAAUUGGUUGGUUUUCCUCGAGAAGGCGCAAGGGAAACCUCGGUGCGUACGAGAUCAAUUGAGAAAAUAAUGUGUUGUGAUAUUAACGGAAUUUACUAAGUUAUUUACCGAUAUCAAUCGAUUUUAGGUGAAGUAUACACUAUAUAUAUAUAUAUAUUAUAUAUAUAUACGAUAGUUAUAAUCGUUGUCCCUCGUCGAUACGCACUGUAACGUGUAUCGCGCUUUUUGAAAAAUAAAUCUUUUCCAUGCAAACGUCUGUAUAUAUCCACAUUUUGACCCUCGUUCAAGA